GAUGUGCGUUACUUUAAUUCAGAUGGCGGACUAUUUUUACAUUUAAAAGCGGUUACAUUGAGAUCACAAGAAAAAGCAAUAGUGAGGGGAAAAUUAGGGUUCUUAGGGUUGGUUAAGAGAUGGAGGAGAUAGAAGGAACAAACAGAGCAGCUGUAGAGAGUUGUCAUAGGGUUCUUAAUCUUUUACAAAGACCACAACAAGAAGAUCGUGUUGGGUUUGACAGGAAUUUGGUGUCUGAAACUAGAGAAGCUGUGGUUAGGUUCAAGAGAGUUGGGAGUUUGUUAAGCAGUAGUGUGGGUCAUGCUAGGUUUAGAAGAGCUAAGAAAGUUCAGACUAAUUUGUCUCAAAGCCUCUUCCUUGAUCCAUGUCAACAAAGAACAACAGAAGUUCCAUCAUCAUCGUCUCAGAAAACACCGGUACUCCGGUCUGGUUUCCAGGAAUUGAGCUUGAGACAACCUUCAGAUUCAUCACUCACUUUAGGGACUCGCUCUUUCAGUUUAAACUCAAAUGCUAAAGCUCCUCUCCUUCAGCUUAACCAGCAGACAAUGCCUCCUUCGAAUUAUCCUACUUUGUUUCCAGUACAACAACAACAACAACAGCAACAACAACAGCAGCAGCAGUUUCAUGAACGGUUACAAGCUCACCAUAUUCAUCAGCAGCAGCAGCUGCAGAAACAUCAAGCUGAGCUUAUGCUUAGGAAAUGCAAUGGUGGGAUAAGUUUGAGUUUCGAUAACUCGAGUUGUACUCCAACCAUGUCAUCUACUAGGUCCUUUGUUUCUUCACUUAGCAUAGAUGGUAGUGUUGCUAACAUAGAAAGAAAGAACUCGUUUCAUUUGGUUGGGGUUCCGAGUUCAACGGAUCAGAAUUCACUACACUCUAAGAGGAAAUGCCCCCUGAAAGGAGAUGAACAUGGAGGCUUAAAAUGCGGGAGCUCUAGCCGAUGCCACUGCGCUAAGAAGAGGAAACAUCGGGUUAGGAGAUCGAUCAGAGUACCCGCUAUAAGUAACAAGGUUGCAGAUAUUCCUCCUGAUGAUUAUUCAUGGCGAAAAUAUGGUCAGAAACCCAUCAAAGGCUCUCCUUAUCCCAGGGGAUAUUACAAAUGUAGUAGCAUGAGAGGUUGUCCAGCGAGGAAGCAUGUUGAGAGAUGUUUGGAAGAUCCGGCAAUGCUUAUUGUUACUUAUGAAGCAGAGCAUAACCACCCGAAAUUGCCAUCUCAAGCCAUAACAACUUAACUCUCUUUUACCUUUAUGGUCCAGCAAAAAUCUUCUCAUGUAUGUUAUGUUUUGUGCGCGAUGAUCGGGUUUGGGAUUGCUGCAAUGUUGUGAUAUAUGAUUGGGGCAAGUGCUGUUGUUGGGGUGGAUUUGCUUGCGAGAGCUUGCUGCAAUUGUUGGAUUUGAGUAAAGGGGUUAAUGUAGGAUUUGUCAAAGACUCUUAAGUUUAUUGCUCUUAAUGAUUAAAAGUUUGUUUCUGGC